UAACUUUCUGUUUGAUGUUCGCCGCAGGUGGGCACGCGAGCGUUAGUGCCGUGCGCAAAUUGAGUCAGAAAGUGAAUCGGCUGUUCGUUACAUGGAAAGUUAGCCGGACAGUGAGUUAGUUUUAGGUUUGUGUGUUCGACGACGAUUAUGUCGGUGCUCACGUUGGAAGCGAAGUUGGAAAGGGCCGAUACUACGACGCCAUGGGGUUUUCGAAUGCAAGGAGGGAAGGAUUUCGCCAGUUCGUUGACAAUUCAACGAGUAACUCCAGGAAGCUUGGCGGCCAAGUGUGGAUUGCAGCCGGGUGAUGUCAUUCUGAAAAUAGGGAAUACCAAUACGGACAUUUUAAAGCAUAAGGAAGCUCAGGAUUAUAUUGUAUCCAGUGGUAACCGAUUAGAUCUUCUCCUGCAGAGACUAAAAAAGAAAGUUGCCGUUGGGGGUGGAACUACUAUUAAUGCCAGCUAUGAAAAGUUUAACACACCAUCAACGAUCAACUUCAGCAGUAGCAGUCCGGCACAAUCCUCUUCAUCAUUGCCUUCAUCAAAAAAUUUUAAUGUUGCUCCAAAGCCGUUUGGUGCACAAAGCAGUCCUGGCACCAACUAUGGCCUCAGCAAUCCAGGUGCCAGCUACGGAGUAUCCUCCUUAACCCAGAAGACACAGAACAUGAACAUAUCAAGUCCAGUCGACUAUCAAGCCUCGGCUCAAAAGUAUGCAGAAAGGGAUGAACCCCCUGACCCCUCCCAGCACCACUCUAAGUCUUUCAAACAACUCCAAACCAUGAUCGACAGUGGCCAAGAACCUGCCACUCGUCUCCGUCCCCUGCCUAAAACCAGUGGUCGCACGUCUCCCCAGAAUGCACCUGCAGCACCCCAAUCCAAGACGGUUAAAGCCAUCUUGCCCCAGCGAUACAAUACGCCCAUAGGGCUGUAUUCCAACGUAAAUGUGGAAACAACAUUGCAAGACCAGUCAAAGUUUUUGGUAAAAGAAGAUGUUGGAGAGCUGGGCGGUACACCUGGACCGUGUGUCAGUCCCGGAGUGCGCGCUAGCACCGAUAGUAGAAAUGGUGGCACGGUGGAAGGUCCUGGCAAUAACACAAAGACUUAUUACCCCUCAGAAACUUACAAACUGAUCAAAGAGCAGGAGAGUCCGUCGGCUAAGGAAGAUGUAGCGAUCACUCCAUCUCACUCUAGGUCUUUCAAAUAUUUACAGCAACAACUUGACAGUGGUGGAUCUGUCCCAGCAGCACCCAAACCUGCAACUUGGACGCCUUCAGCUCCUGUGGCCCCUGCUGCACCUAUGGCCCCUGUGGCUACUGUUGCUAAACCGUGGGCCCCUCCAGGCCCUGCAGGGGGAGGUCGCCCAGGUGGCGCUCCGCCUAUUCCAACGGGGAAGAAUAUGUUUCGAGGCAAGGCGGGCGAUGCAGUGAUGAGGGUACAAGACGCCACUGGCACGGCUGGGAUUCCCAAGCAAGCAAUGUGUGCCUCAUGUGGCAACCAGAUCAGAGGACCUUUCGUUCUGGCUAUGGGGAAGAGCUGGUGUCCUGAUCACUUUGUGUGCGCCAACCCGCGGUGUGCUCGGAAACUGAUCGACAUCGGCUUUGUGGAGGAGGGCGGAUUCCUGUACUGCGAGAAGGACUACGAGCUCUACUUCGCACCCAGGUGCUUCAAAUGUGGAGAGGCCAUCAUUGGGGAGUGUGUGAAUGCGUUGUCUAACAGCUACCAUCCCCAGUGCUUCACCUGUUCCCAGUGCCGCAAUCCCAUUGGUGGAAACCAGUUCCAUAUCGAGGAUGGAAAACCCUACUGUGAACAUGACUGGGCCCAGAUGUUUCAAACAAUGUGCUUUGGAUGCAACUUCCCGAUUGAACCUGGUGACAAAUGGGUUGAGGCCAUGGGACAGAACUUCCACUCGGAAUGCUUCAACUGUUCAACUUGCCAAUGCAACCUGGAGGGACAGCCAUUCUACGUGAAGUCUGGCAAACCAUUCUGCAAGAAACAUAUUCGCUGAGUGCGCGGCCAAGAUGGCUACCCCCAAGAGUGUCCAGAUCGAUGAUAUGCCGUGCUGUGACCGUGUGACCGCUGUAGAUCUUUCUAACACUGAGUGAGAGGGCUCAGAUCGCUUCCACACUAUUACGUCUAGGUCUCUGUGUAACGCAUGUUCUUCUUAACCGGUUUCUUCUUUCAUGUGGAGAUGAAUCCACAGUUUGUUGUUUGUUUUUUGUUUUUUUCUUUCAUUAUAUAUCUGUAGUUUAAAAAGCAUUGAUUAAUGUUGAGUUUUGCGGUUUUUACAGAUAAGUAAUGUAGAUAUUAUGAACUGUGCUUUCUGAAACGUAUGCAGAGUUGUUAGGUUGGAGUCGUGGUGUUACGUUUGAAGUUGAUUUCAAACCCUAAAGGCCAGUUUUAAAUAUGUGAGGUUCAAACGUUGAUGUAUGAUCAUUUAAACUCCAGUUCAGAAUCAUGUUUCAGAUCUCUGGUUUUCACAAAAUAUGUAGUUACAUAUCUGUGAAAUCAACCAUAUUUCCUUGGAUUGAAAGGUUAAAGGCAGGUUGCACUAACUGACCUACUAUUACUAAAUGCCUCAGUAGAACAUUGCCUGAAAAUAUAUCGCUCUCUAAACCAGACACUCCAACAAUCAUGCAAAACCAUGUGUUUGUCAUGUCCAUAACAUUUGAAGGGGAGAAUAGAUGGAAAGGUGCAUUUGCCCUUUUUGUCAUUAUUGUAACAUGGGUGGUCCAUUUUCUUCAACUAGCCCUAUUUAGAACUAUUGGAAACCCUUUUUUGUUAACCCAGUCUUAAAAUGUCUAAAAUUGCAUUUAAGAGCAUCUGUCUUUAAAAAAACACCCCUAGGGGGAACGAAGUAUGUCCCGCAACCCUCCUUUAAGUACUGUUGUCAUUAUGUGUGCCACUCUCCACACCACCCUCAGUUUCAAAAAUUCUUUCUGAUAGCUUUUGUGGAUUUGUGCUUAAUGUGUUGUUAUGGAAUUAAAAAAACAAGAUUUAGUAUGUCUGGGAUUGAUAUUUGAUUUUUUUUGGUGCUUACAUCAUCUGUUAAUUUUAUUUUCUGAGUGGUAUUCAAUAUAUACAUACAUACUGGAAUUGAUGUGAAAGUUUGAUAAACAAAAAAUAUAUAAAAAGUCAUGAAAGACAUUGUGGUACUUAAACUAACCUUACAAUGGACUGAGUUUCAGACUAGUGGUUUAGUAGUUUCGCUGUGGCAUCCUUAUUUAUAGUCCGUUGUAGUCCAUUGUAUAUAGGUUGUUAAACAAUUAAACAGGGUUGAAAUUCUUUUCUGCCAAAUGUAUAUUAUUAAGUAUAUAUUUUUAUUCACAUUAAUAGGUUUGUGCUUCAUGUCAGCUUUAGAGUAUGAACUGACUAAUGCUAUUUUAAUUGUAUAUAGUAGUUAAACAUUAUGCUAUAUAUAUUAUACAAAAUGUUAGAAACAUGAAGCCAGAAGAAACAUUUCAAAAAUGUUUUUGGCAUUGUAACCUUAGAAACUGUUAGGUUAAAUCAUAUCUGUUAUAUUGUAUUAUACUGUAUAAAACAUUUGUAUUUUAAAGGUAAAUUAUAUUUUACUAAUAUUGUUUUUAAACUUACAUAAUAAUUACUAAUAUAAUAUAUGUAUCAGUUGCUAGGGAUGAAUAACAUUACUUGUAUAUUGUGUGUGACACACUUGGCCAUCUGGUCUGCAAUAUUAGGCCAGCUGGAACAUAACUCACAAGCAUGCACGCAUAAACCACACACACACACACACACACACACACACACACACACACGUACUCA